AUGUCAACCCAAAAAGCCAUCGUCGUAAUCCGCAAAGGCCACGCAGAACUCGUCUCACGGCCCCUGCCCCAACUCCGCGACGGCUUCAUCCUCGUCAAAACCGUCGCCGUCGCGCUCAACCCCACCGACUGGAAACACAUCCACUACUUCGACAACCUGCACGACGUGCUCGUCGGGUCCGACUACGCGGGGAUCGUGGAAGCCGUCGGGAAAGGCGUGACCAAGAAUCUUCGAAAGGGCGACAGGGUCUUCGGCCCCAUGCGUGGCUGCGACGUGACGCAGAAGGAGAACGGCGCUUUUGCGGAGUAUAUCGUUGCGAAGGGGGACCUGGCGAAUAAGAUACCUGAUAAUCUGAGUUUUGAGGAUGCGGCGACUCUUGGUAUGGGCUUGAUUACCGUCGCCCAGGGAAUGUAUCAGGCGCUGGGACUGGCGAGGCCGGAGAGGCCGAUCACGCAGUCGGAGCCGGUUUUGAUUUAUGGUGGCUCGACGGCGACGGGAUCGUUGGGCAUUCAGUUUGCGAAGCUAUCCGGCUACACCCCCAUCACAGUCUGCUCACCACAAAACUUCGACUUUGUGCGCUCGCGCGGCGCCGUCGCGGCCUUUGACUACCACGACCCAGACUGCGGGCGCAAGAUCCGCGAGUACACGCACGACCGGCUACAGCUAGUCUGGGACACGGUGAGCCUGCCAAGCAGCGCAGCGAUCUGCGCCGAGGCACUGUCCUCAUCCGGCGGGGGCAAAUACUACACUUUACUCCCGGAGAAGAGCCCUAGGCGAGACGUCGAGUCGCGCAUGACUGUGGCGUACUUCAUGUUCGGCGAGCCGCUGCUGUGGAAUCCGGCCGUGGGCGUGGAGCAGGCGUCGCAGGAGGAUUUCCGGUAUGCGGCGGAGUUUCUGGAUAUGGCGACGAGGCUGGUUGCGGAGGGGAAGGUCAAGCCUCAUCCGGCGCAGGUGCAUGAGGGAGGAUUGGGAGGGGUGCUGGAGGGGUUGCAGUUGAUGAGGAUGGGAAGGGUGUCGAGGGCGAAGUUGGUAUACAAACACGUACCUAGCUAUCAUCAUCCAAUAGGAUCAUCAAUAACAUCCAGCACACCGCCUUCCACAUUCGACCUCUACACCUACAAAUCCGACGGCGGACACCGCGAGCAAGCCAUACGCAACCGGUACCUCCUGCAAGACCCUCUCGACUACAAAAAAUACAACGUUCUAUGCGGCUCCUUACGACAACUGGCGCACAAGCUCUCGCAGCUAGAUCCAGACGGGGACCCUUUCCGGAAACAGAUCGAGAGCGAGGUCCUGGAGAAGUUGUGGUCGAUGGGGAUCUUGAAGCAGAACCGUGAACAGGGGGCGGGGUUGUCGCGUGUAGAGCACGAUGUUACUGUUUCGGCGUUUUGUCGGAGACGGUUGGGUGUUGUUAUGGCUAGGAAUGGGAUGGUGGAGAAUGUUAAGACUGCCGUCACACUCAUCGAACAAGGCCACGUCCGCGUUGGGACAGAGGUCGUCACUGACCCUGCCUUCCUGGUCACGCGCAGUAUGGAGGACUACAUCACGUGGGUCGACUCGAGCAAGAUCAAGCGCACUAUCAUGCAGUACCGGGACAAGAUGGAUGAUUAUGAUUUGAUGAAUUGA